CUCCCUCUCAAUCUCAUCAAAUUCAAAUCAAUCUCUCUCUCUUCAUAUUUCACUUAACUCAUCAAUCUUUGUCACUCCAUUCGACAAUAAUGUCUGGUCGUGGAAAGGGAGGCAAGGGUUUGGGCAAGGGCGGAGCAAAGCGGCACCGCAAGGUCCUCCGAGACAACAUCCAGGGGAUCACGAAGCCGGCGAUUCGGAGGCUGGCCAGGAGAGGAGGUGUUAAGAGAAUCAGUGGGCUGAUCUAUGAGGAGACUCGAGGAGUGUUGAAGAUUUUCUUGGAGAAUGUGAUUCGCGAUGCUGUGACCUACACAGAGCACGCUAGGAGGAAGACUGUGACUGCCAUGGAUGUUGUCUAUGCUCUCAAGAGGCAGGGGAGGACUCUGUACGGUUUUGGAGGUUGAGGCUUUGGGUUUUGUUUAGGUCUGUGCUUAUGUAAUAGAAUUAAUGACUCUACAUUUCAAUAUAAUGCAUUUCUGGUUUUGCUACAACAUUUCUCUCUGUGUAUGUUGUUGUGUUGUGUGUGUCUCUAAUCUAAUACUAUGAUUUUCAUUUUGAUUGCC